UGGCAGCAGGCUGUAAGUAGCAUUAAGGAUCUGAGUGAGCUAGGCAAGCUAGAGCAGAGGCAGGAGGAGCAGCAGCAUGGCAGGGCUUCGUGUCCGCUCCGCUCUGGUCACUGGGGCCAAUCGAGGAAUCGGCCUGGGAAUUGUCAAGCAGCUCCUGCAGAUGCCAAACCCACCCGAGUGGGUCUUUGCAGCCUGCCGGGACCCCAAGGGAGAGCGAGCACAGGAGUUACAGCAUUUGGCCUCCAAGCACGCCAACCUGGUCAUCAUCUCGCUUGAAGUCACCGACCCCGCCAGCAUCCAGGCAGCUGCAGGCAGAGUCAGGGAGCACCUGAAGGACUCUGGGCUGAACCUCCUCAUCAACAAUGCUGGCAUUGCAAAACCAAGCUCUUUGGAUACUGAGACUGUGGAGAACAUGUCCCAGGUGUAUGCCACCAACACGAUUGGGCCCCUGCUGGUGAGCCAGGCAUUCCUGCCCUUGCUGAAGAAGGCUGCCCAGGGAAGCUCGAGCUCUGAGCUGAGCUGCAGCAAGGCAGCCAUCAUCAACAUGUCCAGUAUUGCUGGCUCCAUAGAGGAAAUACGUUUAUCGGAAAAUGUGCAAUAUAUCUCAUACCGCUGCAGCAAGGCUGCUCUGAACAUGCUCACCAAGUGCCAGUCCUUGGGGUACCGGCAACACGGCAUCCUCUGUGCUGCUCUCCACCCUGGCUGGGUGCAAACGGACAUGGGGAGCUCAGCAGGACACAAGCCCCCACUGACGGUGGACGUGAGCGUACAAGGAAUGCUGAAUGUGCUCUGCUCCCUCUCCGAGAAGGACACAGGGACUUUCCUGGACUGGGAAGGGAAAGUAGUGCACUGGUGA